AUCACGUUGGAAAUGAGUUGCCGACAUCAUCAACAACUGGAACUUUAGUAGUGGCAUGUGGAAUACCAAUUUGGACAUCAAAAUCUACUUUGAUUACUGAGGGCUUCGUUUUGAUUUCGCAGCGUUUCACCCAAUCAAGGGUCUUGAGGCGGGAUCAAACAUCCAUCUUCGUUAUGCUGAUUUUGGCGAUACGAGGGCCGAACGGUGGUAUAUUUAGCAGAGACGCUGUUGUCAUACACCACUGACAUUCCCCACUCGCUCACCCAUCCUUCGAACAUGACCUACGUCUCAAAUGAUGCCAGUUGGUGGCCGACAAUCAAUUUGAAUAUUUUUUUCAGCUAUUGGAUGGUUGCAGCGGGCAUCGUGGUGGUAUACGAUUGGGUCUUAACACUCGGACAAGAGAUUGAACUCAUCUGGAAACAACGCCGGUCUCUCAUGACCAUGUUGUAUUUAAUUAUACGCUAUAUUGGAAUAUUGUAUUCUAUUGUCAAUGUUCUGAACACCAUGCCAUCGGUAUCGCUAACAGAUGCAGUAAGCACUAUCACGUACCACGCACUGAAUGGCACAAAUGUGACCUUGACUGCCGUGUUGGGUAUCAUCAUGAUUGCUCGGUUGCAUGCCAUGUAUCAGGGAUCUAGAACGAUGCUUAUGUUCCUUGUCGUCAUCUUCCUCGCUGUAAACAUAGCCUGCGGAGUAAUGGCGGCAAUAGGACUCAACGAUACUGUACUGGAGGAGUUCAUAAUCUCUGAUAUAUAUAUAUGUCAUUAUGUAUAUGAAGGGGAGGAGCAGCUUCUGUUUUCAUUGAUUUGGAUGCUCAACACUGCUUGGGAGGUCCUCGCACUGUGUCUUUCAGUUUGGGUUGCUGUGAAACACUUCCGUGAGCUGCGACGACUUGGCCCAUCGACAGGAUCGACCAUCGGGGACUGUUUCAGAGUGCUCAUACAAUCCCACGUUCUUUAUUUUGCAAGCUUUGUUGGUGUCUCUUGCCUCCAGUUUGCUGUUCUCUCUCCAGAAAUCUCGGCCUCAAAUUCUAUUGGAGCUCAGAUACUCAUUGGUACUCUUCAAAUUUUAUCAGUCGUGCAGAUGUUUGUGCUGGGACCACGCCUCAUCCUGAGCGUUCGAGAAUACCAUGCUAAACUCGUGGCACACUCCACCGCAGAAACUAGCAUGAAUUCGAUUGUUCUCGAGGAGCAUGUACAUGUAUCGACUAGCAGUACUGUGUAGGGAAAUGCUUGCCCAGUGGUCUGCAGGGAGGACAACCUUGGUGGAGGAUCCGUCGUGGUAUUUAUUUAACAUAUGGUGUUGUUGCUCGAAACAUCCUUAGUAGAUAUAAAAGAAUCCAACGUCCAUUGAAAUGCAGGUUAUACAAGAUAUAAUGACUAUGUACACGAUCAUCAAUCUACACCAAAAGCACCUCUAGUCUCAUCAGGGUACUGUUUUACUUUACAGCCACCGCGGCCUGAGUCUCACAAACCUGGUCCUCACGCUUCCAUCAAAGCCUGAGCUGCCUUUCUU